GUGAUCCUCAAGUUAGAAAAUUGCCGUUCUGAUACGAAAGUAACAGAGAUUUUCGCGUUUUACGAACCUAACCACCCGAAAAGGUUUUUUAAAUAUAGUUGACCGUAAUUUUUAGUGUUCAACGGACAUUCAAUCGAAUUGCUGUUCGGAAUUCGUGUUGCGAUUUGAAUAUAAAAAAAGUUGGAACUCAAAAUUAGGCAAUUUUUUAAAAGUGUUAGUUUUUAACUUCAGAGCCUUUAUUAGUUUGGCAUUUGGAUUGAUAUUUCAAGCAUGGAAAACAAGGCCAAAUACAGUCGUAUCCAAUCCUAUGGGAGCAUGAGCACUUCAAGAAGCGAAGAUGACAUGACGGUACAUAGCCAGUUAUUCCCGUACCACAAGAAAAUGGUCAUCCAACACGAAGUUCUGUAUGAAGAAGAGCAUCCACCAUUUCAACCAUUAUUCGCGACUACUCGAAUAUUCGGAAAAGCCAGAUUUACCCUCCUAUUGACUAUUUAUAUAGUUUUCUACUUAGCGUAUUUGAUAACUGGAGCCUUGGUAUUCUCGGCUUUAGAAGCGCCUUUAGAAAAUCAAAUAAGAUUAGAAGUUAUCAGAGCAAAACAAGACUUUUCGGCCAAAUAUCCCAAUGUUAUUGAUGACGACCUGGAAGCUCUCCUAGAAGAGGUAGUCCGUGCCACCAACCGCGGCGUCUCGGCUGCCAGAAAUGUCAGCGGGGGACCCAACUGGAGUUUCGGGCAAUCCUUGUUCUUCUCUUCCACCAUUGUCACGACUAUAGGAUACGGCCACGUGACCCCACUAUCGAAGCCGGGAAAACUAUUCUGCAUGAUAUACGCCGUUCUUGGCAUACCACUGACGCUGGUACUCCUGACUGCCAUGGUCGAGUGUCUUUUGUUACCCGCUACUGCGCUGCUAAGGACUAUGAAUGCCGCGCUAGGGCAUCUGUACCGACCAUUCACAAUUCGUCUGUUGCAUUUGCUGUUUAUUGUGCUUUUCGUGUUGAUAUUCUUAUUCAUAAUCCCGGGGGUUAUAUUCGCCGAAAUCGAGCCGGAUUGGGACUUCCUGGACUCUUUUUAUUACUGCUUCAUCUCGUUGACCACCAUUGGGCUUGGCGAUUACAUCCCUGGAGAUUACCCCGGACAACAGUAUCGGCCGUUGUACAAGAUUGCCACUACUUGCUAUCUGCUCGUCGGAUUGACCUUCAUAAUGUUUACACUAACCGUCUUCUACGACAUCCCGCAACUGAACCUAAGCACCGUAUUUUCCUCCGUGAAACUCGAUGAAGAUCCAGAGAAGAUGCGCUUGAGUGGAUCUGGUGUAAUGGGACCGGGAUACGGCAUUGGCGGGCUGGUAAUGCGGGAUGAUUAUGGCCACCACGAUCAACGCCGCUCCGUGGUUCAUAUUCGACCUCAUCUUGACGAUAGCCCCAGCCCUGAGGACACCACCCCGGUUCACGCUCGAGACAUGAGGGUUCAUUAAACAUGAUCACGAAAAAAAAUACAGGUGAUGUUCGCAUCGUUUCACAUUUUGACAGCAGGUAGUUAGUAUCGAGCGAUGAUUUUGCCACCAAGAUUUAAAAAAAAGGCGGCGAAUGAUUGUCGCCGAUCUUCUGAGUUGUCGAAACGAUAGCGAACGUCACUAUUGUAGAACCCUCCAAACCCCAACCAUCGAUCGGUUUCUGAUGUCACGGAAAUGAUAUUGAAAAAAUUGGUGUCGUGGUAAAUGUAUUGCUUUAAAUAUGUAACUCAUGUGAGUACUUUAACUUUGUUUAUUAUCUCAAAAAAGUUUUAAAUGUUUACAAGUAAAGAAAUAAAUUUUGUUAAAAUAAUCUUCUAUCUGCAUCCCACGCGGAAUAUAUUGUGUAAUAAAUAUAAAUGUCUAAUGAUAUUAUUAUUGUUAAAAUACUAAGUAAUAUUUAUAAAGAUAUUAAUAGGUAUUAGUGGUAAAUGAUUGUGAAGAAAUUAAUAACUGUACGCCCCUAUUCAAGCAGGACAAAUUUCAUAGAGAGGAAUAGGUAAAUAUUCGAAAUUCAAGCACCAGGUAAAUACACGUUUUCAAACAUUUAAAAUUGUGAACAUUGAAACUUGAUGAGAAAACAAAAUAGAGAUGAAUGAAGAGAAAUGAAAAAAAAAUCUUCUAUCCCUUUAUCAAUUACCGUCCUAAAAUGUUCAUAAUUUCCUUCUAUACUUAUUAUUAUUUGAAAUAUACAUUUUGCUUGAAACACUAAUGCCAUCAGCUGGUCGAACUAGUUGAACUGAGUUUUGAUAAGACUGACGAGGUUUUUCAAAAUUUUCACUUUUCUAUUUCACUUUGUACAUUUUUUACGCAAAGUUAUAUUUGCGCGGUGGACAUUCCCGAAAAAACAAGUCGACUAUAAUCAUGGACAAGUUAGCGACAAUCCGACCUGCACAGACUGAAAACGACGAGGCCCCCUCGAUGUAUACGUUUUACAAGUAAAUUAUUACAAAUUAUUCUUCAAUAUCAACAGCAUAUCAUGAAUGGAUUUUAUAAAAUUGUCUUUACCUUUUUGAAAGGAUUUACGGGCAGCCUAUCACAAAAUAGUACCUACCUAUCGCAAAUUGUUUGUUUUUAAAAUAAGUCAGCUGAACUAUAAUUUCUAAAUUUUGAAAGUAAAGUAAAAAUUAAUUAUUAAUUGUCUUAUUUUUAACAAGGACAAAAUUAUCUAGGAUUAAAUUUAAUAUAGUUAAAAUUAAUAAUUUCGUAAAAUUUAUGUACUCAAAAUAUAAUUGUAGAUUAAAU